AUGUCACCACCGCGUCGUCUCAGUUCACGAAGUAGCAAAAAAGCUACCGCUGAUUUCGGAAAGCCUUUUAUUAAACCACCACGCGCACAAACUACUAUUGCUGUUCAGUAUGCUGAUACGAAACCGAAAGAUGCGUGGGCUACUCUCGUGCCCUCGGGUGAUACGUGUAAUAGCUUAAUACCUAUUUAUUUGACUGACAACAAUCAUUACUUGGGAACUCAGCCAGAAGAUGGUGUUUUUAAGCUGACCCUAGAAUUGACGUGGUACACUGUGCUAUCUUUAAAUAAAGAUGGUGCGGUUCGGGUCUUAGACCGUGAUUUAAAGUCUAAACAAUAUGUUGAAUUAAAAGAUGGCGAUUAUAUACGAUUUCCUUCUUCAAAAGGUUAUUGGUAUAUUUAUAGAAUCGAAAUCGAUUUAAAGUCAAAAGUCAUGUUUCAUAGUGUAUACGACAUUAAAGGUACUCUUGGAAAAGGUCAUUUUGCUGAAGUAAUGUUGGCUACUCCAAAAACUUCCAUCGCUGGUAAUGAGUCAAACCUACAGGAAUAUGCUGUAAAAAUCAUUGAUAAAAUACGCAUAUAUAACUUAUAUAAUGAGAAUGAUAAAUUAUAUCUCAUUAUGGAAUACAUUAAAGAUGGUGAAUUCUUUGAUUUUAUAACACAAAGAAAAAAAUUAUCUGAAUAUGAAACUCGUAUCGUUUUUAAACAAUUGUUUGAAGCGAUAAAAUAUUUACAUGGUCAUCGUAUUGCUCAUCGAGAUCUUAAACCUGAAAAUAUUCUCAUGUCAAGUGCCGCAAAACUCGAGGUUAAAAUUUCGGAUUUUGGUUUAUCUAAACUACUUGGUCCUGAACAUUCAUUAAUGAAAACUCUAUGUGGAACUCGUCUUUACGUUGCUCCUGAAGUCAUUGCUCGAACACCUAAUCGUCUCCUGGAUCAAAUUAGAAUAGGAAAAUAUAAAUUCCAUUCCCCAGCAUGGGAUGAUAUUAGUGAUGAUGCAAAGAAUUUGAUUAAAGGGUUAUUAACUGUUAAUGUAAAAGAUCGAUUAACAGUUUCACAAGCUCUGUCACAUCCGUUCAUGCAGACACUACCUUUACCUCAAUCUAUUUCAAAUGCGCCAAUUUUGGUACAUGAGAAUGAAACCACUCCACAAAAUAAUAUGUAUAAAAAAAGUUUCACACAGAAAAUUUUGUCUAAACACACGGAUUUCAGUGAUGCAGAUUUUGCUGAUGACGAGGCAUCAUUCGUUACUGCAGGCACAGUUGAAUUAUCAAGCUCUUCUUCGCAAACAUCUGGUUCCGAAAUUCAAUAUCUUUGUUGUGAGGCUUCUUAUUUUUCUGAAUUUUAA